AUGGAAAACUCAGCGUCGUCAGGUAACUCGUUCAACGAUGGAUUCACCCAAAUGGAGAAUCCGAGUUGUCAAUGUAAGAAAGUGAUGACCUUGUCCAAAUCAUGGACGGAUGAAAACCCAGGAAGAAGGUUUUACAAAUGUGAUACGCAUGGGUUUCUUUGCUGGGCUGACAAAGAAAAACCAUUUGGAUGGCAGAAGAUUAGCUUACUUGAGGCCAGAGAUCAGAUUAGGCGACAUAAAGAACAAAUCAAGGAGCUUAACGAGUCUCUCCGCACAUUCACUCACCAAAAUAUGACUGGAGCUGAUUCAGCCGUGAUGAAGUCGAAGAUGUUCGAGAAAAUUGAAGAAGAGAAGACAAAACUUGAAAGUGAACUGAUGGCCUCAAAAGAGAGGGAAAAGCUUUUACGCCAAUUCGUUGUUAUAUCCUGGGGAGGAUUCAUUGUGGUCACAGCAAUGCUCCUAACAAUGGUGAAGAAGUAG